GCAUUCUUUAAUUUGUUUGGCUCUCCUCAUCGGCUCCCUAUAUCUAUCUAUGCAUAUUAUUUAUCACUUUUCAUUUUUCCUGUGCUUCUUGGUCUAUCAGAUCUCUGUUCUUGUUGUAUUCACUGAGCGAGUGGAGGGAGGAGAAGAUGUCCAAUCUCACAUCUCCCGCCGGCGAAGCCUGUGUCACCUCAAGCCCCCGGUUCUCUUCCAUGGCUUCUCAGUCGCCGCCUAAAGGAGCGAAGAAAAAGAGGGGCCUUCCAGGAAACCCAGACCCGGAUGCUGAAGUGAUAGCUUUGUCACCUAAGGCACUGAUGGCGAUCAACAGGUUCGUGUGUGAGGUCUGCAACAAAGGGUUCCAAAGGGAUCAGAACCUGCAGCUGCACAGGAGGGGCCAUAACUUGCCAUGGAAGUUGAAGCAGAGGGCAGGGGAGGAUCAUCAGGUCGUGAGGAAGAAGGUGUACAUCUGUCCUGAAGUGUCAUGCGUGCACCAUGAUCCUUCCAGGGCGCUCGGAGACCUCACAGGCAUCAAGAAACACUUCUCCAGAAAGCACGGCGAGAAGAAGUGGAAGUGCGACAAGUGCUCCAAGAAGUAUGCCGUGCAGUCAGAUUGGAAAGCACACAGCAAGAUCUGCGGAACGAAGGAGUACAGAUGUGACUGUGGAACUCUCUUCGCAAGAAGGGACAGCUUUAUCACCCACAGAGCAUUCUGUGAUGCUCUAGCUGAACAAACUGGAAAAGCCAUAACUCCAGUUGAGAAUGAUGCUCACCAACAGUCGGUCAACUCUCAAGUCAUGUCAUCUCGUGAACUCCCAGCGGUUUUCCAAACUGACAUGAUCGUGAAACCCCAGGAGGCUGGCAAUUCUUCAGAAAUGUUCUCAGCGCUAUAUUUCAACAUGAUGCAGGAAGUGGCACCUGCCGCCUCGACAUCCAAGAUCCAAACGGAACUCUUCCCUUUAGUAAAUCAGCACAAGAUCCAUCCUUCAUUCCCUGCUUCGUCUCCUUAUUUGUCAGCCACGGCACUGCUCCAAAAGGCAGCUCAAAUGGGUGCCAUGAUGGGGAAAGCACACCAGUAUGCUGAUCAGACGCAGGGGUUUAGCCACGGGUUUUCCUCUGCUCAGGGAGAAAAUUGGAGCGACAGCCAUUUGCAUGGAUUGGGAACUACAGCGGGUGCUUUUGAUCAUAUGCAUGAAAUAGUGCAAGAUAGGAUUAUUGGGGGCUGUGAAAGAGAGCAGCAGGGAUCAGAGGGCAAGAGUGAAGAAGAGGAAGAGGAAGAGGUGACAGUAACCAAUUGACUCUAGAUUUGCUGGGGAAGAGGGCUACGUUGGAGUUGGACCCGUCCAUGUACGAUGCCUCUUCCUACGAGGCUGCACUACAAGAACCAUAUUGGCAUCAGUAAGCUACACAGCACCAUGUUGUCUCUAGUGUGUCAUUGUUUUUCUCUCCAUUCCCUUCAUCAUUUCUUAUUAAGCCUGUCAUAGUUAUUAUUUGCCUUUUCUCGUUUAAAUUUAAUUUGCUGCUUUUGCAAUUCUCCUCAUUAGCGUAAGGCAACAGCAGCUAUUUAUCAAAUCUACGUAUUCGUUGGGUUAA